GGCAUAUGAACCACAGGUACAUGCUAUGCCAGGGCCUGAAGAGUGGCCAGAUGUUGGUGCCUAUGAUGAAAUUUUGCCUCCAGUUGAUAGAGUUCAGCCUGGACGUCUUAGAAAAGCUAGGAGAAGGGCACCUGAUGAGCCCACUAACCCAUACAAGAUAAGCCGUAGUGGGUAUGUGGUCACAUGCGGCAACUAUGGGAUUAAGGGUCACAACUACAAGGGUUGCCAUCUACCCCUAAACCCUAACCGAAAGAGAUGGAACCCAAAGAAGGGGAAGACUGCUGAAACUUCUUCAAAUGUAUCUCAAAAUGAAGCUACGUCAUCUCAACCUGUGCAAACCCGUGUUCCAAGGCGUAAGGGCAAGGCAAAGGCUACUCAAUGAACAUGUUGUUGUUGACUUUUUUUGUAAUGAUCUAAACAUUCGUGUCAGUUGGUAGAAUGGUUUGAUGAACAAUCUGUGUAUGGGAGGUUAUUUAGGUGAAUGUUGUUAUGUUGGAUAAACAAUGGAUAGUUUAUG